GGCAAAUAUCUGGAUAUCACUUUUUAGUUAUGUUGGAAAUUACUUUUGGACUCAUUAUUUUUUUUCGGUAUUGGGGGCUUCCUAUACAUUUCCUUCUUGGAGAAUGAAUGAUGUGCCCCACACGACAUUUCUUCUCACACAUGUCUGCUUCCUGUUCUAUCAUGUUGUGUCCAACAUAACACUUCGCAGACUAAAGGCAUCUAUUUCUAACUUGCCAGAAAAUAUCCAGUUGCUUCUGAAAGCUAGCUGGAUCCUAGCAUUAUCUUAUUUCAUAGCAUAUUUGGAGACUGUAGCCAUUUCUAAUUUCCCUUAUUAUGACUUUGUGGACCGGGCAUCUAUGUACAAAAUUGGCUCCUUGUUCUAUGCAAUCUAUUUUAUUGUCAGUUUUCCAAUGUUUUUGAGGAUUGAUGAGAAACCAGGUGACCUAUGGGACUUACCGAGAGUAGCCAUCGAUGCUUUGGGAGCUGCAAUGCUUGUAACAAUCAUACUAGAUUUGUGGCGCUUAUUUCUGGGUCCCAUCGUUCCUAUUCCAGAAACCAAACAAUGCCUUCAACCAGGACUGCCGUGGUUCCAAGAACAUCCUAUGCGGGUUUAAGAAGAGUCCAUCGGCGAGCCAGCUUGAUCUUUUUAAUCUGUAAACUCGUGAAUUAAGGUUUGUUUCUGCAUAUUUUGAUUGCCUGUGUUUACAUAUAUAUGCCUUCUGCCAUUCUUGAGGUUGUGUUCUUAUCAAGUUUUUGCGCCUUUGAUUGACCUCAAAAACUCGAGAUUAAAGCGUUUGAACUCUCAAUAUUUCUGUAUAAACAAUCACUGUAAAAUCCCAAAGGGUCUGGGAUUGUGUGUACGCAGACAUUAUGUAGUGUCUUUUAGGGCUAAUCUGUCAUUUAUCAUGACAGUUGAUGAAAGAUUAUACUCCCUCCACAAUUUGUUGUGUCUUUUAAUUUUGUCUACACCAAUUUUUGUGUUGUUUUUUUUUGGAAACUUUAUGUAGUUAAUUAUUGUUUCUGUUUUUUUAAUUUUACAUAAAUCUUAGGAAAAUUU